AUGUUCUCCACCAAGUCCGCGCAGUCGCUCCGGAAGCUCUUCGCCGGCUAUCACGAACCCCUGCCCAUCUCCAAGCAGCAGUCGCAAAAGCUGCUCGAUGGCCUCAAGGCGUCCUUUCGAAGCCAGCUAGACCGCGAAUAUGGCCGCUCGUCCUCUGACAGCGCCGCCGCGGCCGCCAAGUCCGGAGACGCCGAAACCCAGACUCGCCGCUCUGCCGCAACGCUGCAUUUGAAAUCCAUUCUAUCCAACCCUUUAUUCAGCUACGACAGCAGCAGCAACACACAAAGCCCAUCCCACUUGCCGAAGGCGCUGUGGGUAUCGGAUCGCGACCCUAUGGAUGUGUUUGACCAUGCCGUGUCAAGGGGCAUGAUGACGCUCAAGGCUGCCACGGGCUGCUUGGUGGCCAAAGGGCAUCAGAUGGAGGCUGCUGCGGAGGCAGACUCCCCUGUCACAUCUUCGGAUACGGCUCUCCGAGUUGUUCGAUGGCUUCGAUCAUCCGGUGCAGAAGGAAGCCUUCAGUUCCUUGACAGGGCAGCCUUUGUUCGAGCUCUUGUGCCUUUCCUAGUUGCCGAGAGGAUGGAGGGAGUAGCCUGGGAAUGGAUCAUCCGAACCAUGAACGAGUCCGCAGGCAUCACCGAAGAGCAGCGCAUUGCUCGCGCAUCCUCUUUGUUAUCACAGAUUGUCCGCAUCAAGAGCCAGUCCCACUACGGAAAUCUCGAUGCGGCCAUUCAGGCAAUCCUCGAGGCGGAGCGCCUCUUUGAGCAUAAUCCUUCACUCCCCAAACUACUCGUCCAGCCAUGGAGAUCCGUGUCCUGGCUAUCCACGGUAGAGGCAUACAGCAGAGCAAUGCCAACAGAAAAGCUAUUCGAAGCCCACAUGGCCACAGCCGAACGGCUCCCGAGACCGUUUCCGGUUGAAACAGCGCAUCUGCAUUUAUAUCACCCAACACACCCCAACCACGUUCCCGCCCUGCAAUUUUUCAAUGACAAGAAGAGAUUACGCAAGCUGGUGCAGGCGCUGGGCCCCGAGAAACUGAACCUUGCCAAAUUCACGGGCAUGGGCACAAUACCGUGGAUCGCGUUUCUAGGCCACGACACGGUCAACCAUCUGAAGCAGUCUGGAAGAAGCGAGGAAGCACGAGGCAUCACAGAGAUCUUACGGUCAGAAUUGUCAGACAUAUUUGCAGAGACCUUGACGCCGACUUGA